AUGGCCGCUCCGAGCUACGUGGACAUUUCUGAAGUGCACCCGAACAUCACCCAUUCUAGGGUGGUUGGUGUCAUCAUUGGAAAAACUGAUGUCAGAACCUUCCCCGACAGAAAAAAAAUUGGUUCUGAAAGAGGCACCUUCGGCUUCACAAUCAAGGAUGCCCCAGAGUCUUUCAUCAACGCAGCAGCGUGGGGUAGUGAUGGGUAUAUCAACGUACUCUCCAACAGCUUCAGUAUUGGAGACUGUGUUAUUGUUGAAAAUUUUUUGGUUGUCAGCAAAGAUCCGGAGAAAGAUGACAGGUUUUGCCCAGCAACACCAAGCUUCUACAAGUUGCUGAUGUCGGAGGCCCACUCCCAGGUGUCUCUGUGUGCUGACAUGGACACUGUCGACAGAAUGCUGCCUCUGCUCCAUCACCCCGUGAAGGACCCCAGAGACUUCUACUCCCUGGGGGACAUAGAAGCCAAUGGACAGAGCCUGGAUGGCAGUUUCAUAAAUAUACUGGCUGCAAUAAGAUCGAUUGCGGAGCCCAAGUUUUUUACCACCUCAGAUAAACGCAAAGGGCAGAGACUAGAAGUUAAGCUGUUUGAUGAGACUGUCUCUUUCUUCUCCUUGGUGUGCUGGGACAGAGAGGCCAUUCAGCUUAUACAAACUCUGAUACCAAAGCAGACGGUUCUCUUCAUAGCAGAUGCAAAGAUUGGCUUUGACAGUUUUCGCAAAUGUAUGGCAGCAACGGUGACCUCCAAGACCAUUAUCACAGUCAACCCCGACACUAAAGAGGCUGGUCAGCUGUUCAGCUAUGCUAAAGGGCUGUCUGAGUCUGGAGCUCUGGAGGAAGAUGAUAGACCAGAGGAUAUGGACGUGGAUUCUAUCACUGACGUGUACACAGUGGAGCAGCUGAAGCUUAAAGCACAGGAAAGCUCUGAUGUAUUUUUUGGCAUCACCUACAGCUUCAUCUCCAGGCUGGACCUUGAUUCAUCUUUGUCCAAAGUUAUUUGGCUCAACUGCUCCGAGUGUAAGUUCCAGGUGACUGAGGAUCUGCAGAGUUGCACUAACGAGUUGUGUCCAGGGAGAGACCAGGCCCUGUCUUGUACCAAAAGGUUUAAUCUGCUAGUGGACAUCACAGACCACACUGGUACCCUGCGCCUCUUCUCCCUAAGAAGCCCAGUGGCAGAGAAGACAUUCAACUGCACUACAGAGGAGUUUGAAGGUUUGACUGAUGCUCAACGGACCACCAUGAAAUGGAAAUUUCUCUUGGAGAGGUGUAAGAUAUAUGUGAAGAUCCUGCCGUCUCCCAAGAUGAGAGAUGGAAUCAAAGGGUCCAUUCUGUCUUGCUCACUGGCAGAUUCAGGGGAAGUGAAACAGUAUAUGUCUACCCUGUUGUUGUAG